CCCUUUUCUUCACUGCUUCACGGACUUGCCGACGCUGCCUUACAAAUUCCGAAACUCUCCUGCUAUAUGCGGCCGCGCCCUCCCUCUCUCUCUCUCUCUCCCUCUCCACUCUCCAGUCUAAGCCCGUCUAGCCAUGGCUGCCGAGCUCCGCUUGCUUCUGUUGCUUGUUUGCUGGACGGCGCUUGCUUCUUCGAGAUGUGAAUUCCCCGCAAUCUUCAACUUCGGCGAUUCGAACUCCGACACCGGCGGCCUCUCGGCCUCGUUCGGCGAGGCUGUCCCUCCCAACGGAGAGUCCUUCUUCCACGGACCCGCCGGAAGAUUCUGCGACGGCCGCCUCGUCAUCGACUUCAUCGCCCAACACUCUGGAUUACCAUACCUCAACGCCUACCUUGACUCAGUGGGAUCAAAUUUCAGCCAUGGAGCCAACUUUGCAACUGCGGGAUCAACUAUUCUUCGACAGAACACCACCCUUUUCCAGAGCGGGUUCAGUCCUUUCUCAUUAGAUGUUCAGUCAUGGCAAUUCAAUCAGUUCAAAACGCGAGGGGGUGUCGCGUAUGGAAAGGGUGGAGUUUACAGGGAAUUGCUGCCCAAGCAACAAGUAUUCAGCAAAGCACUCUACACAUUUGAUAUAGGCCAGAAUGACCUCACAUCUGGGCUGUUUCGUAACUUGUCAAUAGAUGAAGUGAAGGCCUAUAUCCCUGAUGCUCUUGCUCAGUUCUCUGAUGUAGUUAAGGGAAUAUAUGAUCAAGGAGGGAGGUCAUUCUGGAUCCACAACACCGGUCCAUUCGGGUGCCUUGCAUACGUCUUGGAACGCCUGCCGGUUCUGGCUUCGCAAAUAGACCAAGCUGGGUGUGCCACCCCUUUCAACGAGUUGGCACAGUUCUUCAAUGAGAAAUUGAAUCAAACAGUGGUUCGGCUGAGAAAGCAUUUUCCUCAUGCAGUAUUCACAUACGUGGACGUUUACUCUGUGAAGUAUGAAUUGAUUUCUCAAGCCAAGAAAAAUGGAUUUGGGAACCCCUUGAGGGCAUGCUGCGGGCAUGGAGGCAAGUACAAUUAUAAUAUGAACUUGGGGUGUGGAGGGAAGAAGAAGGUGGCAGGCAGACAAGUGUUGGUGGGGAGCUCGUGCGCAGAUCCAUGGCGUUAUGUCAACUGGGAUGGAGUCCACUACACGCAGGCCGGAAACAAGUUCGUGUUCGAUCACAUCGUUGACGGCAAAUUCUCAGACCCACCUCGGCCCCUGCGGCUUGCAUGCCACAAACAUAUCUAAGAUCAUGCAUGAUCAUGGUCGACACCUCCUCCGAUAUUUUAAAAUUCAUGAUCAUCUUUUUAGCUUUUUUAUUGUUUGAUUUUAGACUCAAAUCCAAACCAAGUAAUUAAUUUGGUACGAAAAAUCAUGAAUUUUUAUUA